UCACCAGCAGCACCUCUCUGCCACCUUGAGGAGUUCAAGAAAUCAGUGUUACACCUGUUAAGUGCAAUCCAGCACUCACCUGGCAUGAUCUUGACAUUUCAACUUGAUCUUUCCUUGGACAAGUCCCAAACAAGAACAUUUCUGAAGGAAGUUUGAAGUGAAAGUUGUAUUACCUGCUUGAAUACAGCCAUGACAAAUAAAUCCUCACCAACAACCACAGGAGGCUUGCCUCCUCUUUCAGAGCGCAGGAUUGUACUGCUGGGAAAAGCUGGAGCUGGAAAGAACAGAGUCGCCAGCGUCAUCCUGGGAGACACAAAGUUGAAGGAAGAGUGUGAACAGUGCGUCUUAUAUGAAGAUGAACAGGCAGGAAGGAGGAUCUGCAUAGUGGACACACCAGGAUGGGACAGAGUUUCUAUAGAACGCACUGCAAAGAAAAUAAAAAAUGAAAUCACCCAAAGCGUGGCCCUUUGUCCUCCAGGUCCCCAUGCUUUGAUUCUGGUGCUGCCUGUAAAGACUGGUGAUGUACCUUCUCUAAAUGAGCUUAAAUCAGCAAGUCAACACAUGGAGCUGCUCUCUGAGAGAGCCUGGGAUCACACUAUGGUGCUUUUCUUGUGUGAUGAAGAUGUAGAGGAAUCCGCAAUCAAAGAACACAUUCAGAAAGCAGAAAACCUACUGGAAAAGUGCAGAGGCAGACACUAUGUUAUACAGCACAGUGAACCUGAAACCCACAUCCAUGGGCUCCUUAAAGAGAUAGACAACAUGGUGGAAGAAAACCAGGAUGAGUUUUUCCUACCACAGGUUUACUAUGAAGUGAUGCAAAGUAAAAUACCACAGGAUAUUAGAGAGUUGAUAAAAAGGUAUAAGGACAGACUCGCACGGAGACGUCGAAGUGUCCCGGAAAUGCCUCCAUCUUUGGGUGAAAUUGACAAGGAAUCCAUGGAUAUCGAUGCCAUCGAGAGCAAGAAUAAGGAUGAUAUACACACACUUGCGAAAUAUUCUAGACCUAUAAGUCUACUAAUUCUGACUGGCAUUGGUGCUCUUAUUGGAUCUGUGGUUGGAUCUAAUUAUGGAGUAGUGGGCUCUGGUGUUGGGAUCAUCGCUGGAAUCAUAAUAACUAUUCCGUUGGCUUUAAGGCUGAUUGACGCUGCAAGUCUGGCACGACAGAGUUUAACUCUUGUGGAAGAGAGAAAAACUAAACACACCGAUUAACCUCUACACCAGUGAGAUACACUCACCGGCUACUGUAUAAGGAACACCCAUCCACCUGCAUUUUUAUGCAAUUCUCUAAUCAGCCGAUCCCUUGACAGUAGCACGAUGCCUAAAAUCAUGCAAAUACAAAUCAAGAGCUUCAGUUAAUGUCCACUUCAAACAUCAGAAUGGGAAAAACUGUGAUCUCAACAUGUGACUUUCACUGUUGGUUUGAGCCAGAUGGACUGGUUUGAGUAUUUCAGAAACUGCUGAUCUCCUGGGGUUUUCACACACAACGGUCUCUCGAGUUUACACAGACAGAAUGGUGCAAAAAACAAAAAUCACUGAGUAAAAGACAGUUCUGUGGGUGGAAACAAACACCUUGUUGAUAAGAGAGGUCAGAAGAAAAUGGCCAGAUUGGUUCAAGCUCCCAGGAAGGAUACAGUAACUCAUAGCAACUCUUAACAACCGUGGUGAGCAGAAAAGCAUCUCAGCAUGCAACAGCAGAAAACCACACUGGGUUCCACUCCUGCAGCCAAGAACAGGAAUCUUAGA